CCUCACUUUAGUUUGUUUCAAUCACCCCUAAUACUCUUCACACAAUUAAAAUGACUGCUAACCCUUCCUUGGUGUUGAACAAGAUCGACGACAUUUCGUUCGAAACUUACGAUGCCCCAGAAAUCUCUGAACCUACCGAUGUCCUCGUCCAGGUCAAGAAAACCGGUAUCUGUGGUUCCGACAUCCACUUCUACGCCCAUGGUAGAAUCGGUAACUUCGUUUUGACCAAGCCAAUGGUCUUGGGUCACGAAUCCGCCGGUACUGUUGUCCAGGUUGGUAAGGGUGUCACCUCUCUUAAGGUUGGUGACAACGUCGCUAUCGAACCAGGUAUUCCAUCCAGAUUCUCCGACGAAUACAAGAGCGGUCACUACAACUUGUGUCCUCACAUGGCCUUCGCCGCUACUCCUAACUCCAAGGAAGGCGAACCAAACCCACCAGGUACCUUAUGUAAGUACUUCAAGUCGCCAGAAGACUUCUUGGUCAAGUUGCCAGACCACGUCAGCUUGGAACUCGGUGCUCUUGUUGAGCCAUUGUCUGUUGGUGUCCACGCCUCUAAGUUGGGUUCCGUUGCUUUCGGCGACUACGUUGCCGUCUUUGGUGCUGGUCCUGUUGGUCUUUUGGCUGCUGCUGUCGCCAAGACCUUCGGUGCUAAGGGUGUCAUCGUCGUUGACAUUUUCGACAACAAGUUGAAGAUGGCCAAGGACAUUGGUGCUGCUACUCACACCUUCAACUCCAAGACCGGUGGUUCUGAAGAAUUGAUCAAGGCUUUCGGUGGUAACGUGCCAAACGUCGUUUUGGAAUGUACUGGUGCUGAACCUUGUAUCAAGUUGGGUGUUGACGCCAUUGCCCCAGGUGGUCGUUUCGUUCAAGUCGGUAACGCUGCUGGUCCAGUCAGCUUCCCAAUCACCGUUUUCGCCAUGAAGGAAUUGACUUUGUUCGGUUCUUUCAGAUACGGAUUCAACGACUACAAGACUGCUGUUGGAAUCUUUGACACUAACUACCAAAACGGUAGAGAAAAUGCUCCAAUUGACUUUGAACAAUUGAUCACCCACAGAUACAAGUUCAAGGACGCUAUUGAAGCCUACGACUUGGUCAGAGCCGGUAAGGGUGCUGUCAAGUGUCUCAUUGACGGCCCUGAGUAAGUCAACCGCUUGGCUGGCCCAAAGUGAACCAGAAACGAAAAUGAUUAUCAAAUAGCUUUAUAGACCUUUAUCCAAAUUUAUGUAAACUAAUAG